AUGCUGUUCAUUGACUAUAGCUCAGCCUUCAACACCAUAGUACCCUCCAAGCUCAUCAUUAAGCUCGGGGCCCUGGGUUUGAACCCCACCCUGCAACUGGGUCCUGGACUUCCUGAAGGGCCGCCCCCAGGUGGGAAACAGCAGACUGAGCACGCCCCUAUCCACAUCAACGGGACUGCAGUGGAGAAGGUGGAAAGCUUCAAGUUCCUUGGCAUACACAUCACUGACAAUCUGAAAUGGUCCACCCACACAGACAGUGUGGUGAGGAUGGCGCAACAGCCCCUCUUCAACCUCAGGAGGCUGAAGAAAUUCGGCUUGGCCCCUAAGACCCUCAGAAACCUUUACAGAUGCAUCCUCAGAGAGUUCUUUGCCAUGAGAGAGAGAGAGAGAGGGGAGAGACCUUGUAGCUUGAUAGAAACGGGGGACCGUAGCGACUGUGCCAUGGACGGGUCAUACAACUCAAAGAAAGUGCUUCCUCAGCGGCCAGGAUUUCGGCACCAUAGAAAAGAGAACUAUGUGUGCCGUGACGCCCUGUCCCGGCAGUCUACAGAGUGUAGUGAGGUCCAGGAGGUGAGCCAGUCCCAGCUGCAGCAGCCCAGGGUGAAGCUGAACGGCUCCACUGUGGAGACACCCAGUCACCACGACCUGCACCGCGAACUGCUGGUCAGCACCAAACGAGGUCUGUUGCCUGGAGAGAAGCCUGAGCUGAAGCGAGUCCUGGAACAGAGGAGGCUGGAGCAGCACAGAGAGCAGGAACUGGCUCUACAGCCUCCUCUGGAACUGGAGACGGAGCUACGCAAGAGACAGCAGAUACUGCUGGAGCAUGAGCAGGAGGAGGUCAGGCGCAGGGAGGAGCAGGAGAGAGAAGUCCCUGAGUUUGUACGUGUAAAGGACAACCUGAGGCGCACACAGGUGUCUGGGCAGUGA